CCACCCGCGAGUUACGCAACACCUGCACACAUAAAACUCACUGCUGCACACUUCGUCUUUACAGCAAGAAAAAGAGCUGAAGCCGAAGAAGAUGUCUGAGAAAAUUGUGUUGUAUUACUUCAACGGCAGAGGGAAGAUGGAGUCGGUCCGGUGGCUGCUGGCUGCGGCUGGAGUCCAGUUUGAGGAGGUGUUUUUGACCAAACGGGAGGAUUAUGAAAAACUGGUGAAUGAUGGAGUCCUGAUGUUUCAGCAGGUGCCUUUGGUUGAAAUAGACGGGAUGCAACUUGUGCAGACAAAGGCUAUCUUGAAUUACGUCGCUGGAAAAUACAAUCUAUACGGAAAAGACCUUAAGGAGCGGGCUAUGAUCGACAUGUAUUCAGAGGGAGUCAGUGACGUUAUGGAUAUGAUUAUAUUCAGUCUAGUCACGCCACCUGAAGAGAAAAAGAAGCAGCUCAGUAAUAUAGAGCAAAAGGCCAAGGAUCGCUUACUACCCGUCUUCGAAAAGCGUCUAGCUAGCUCUCAGUUCCUCGUGGGAAACCGGCUGAGCCGUGCCGAUGUUCACCUUCUUGAAGUCACUCUUAUGCUGCAGGAGAUGUUCCCUGCAGUUCUUUCAGGCUUUCCCAAAGUCCAGGCAUUUCAAGAGAAAAUGAAGGCCUUGCCGACGAUCAGCAAGUUCCUCCAGCCGGGCAGCGCCAGAAAACCUCCACCCGAUGAAGCGUACGUGAAAACUGUGAAGGAGGUGCUGAGCCACAUUUUCAAAUAGAAGACCCGUGCUCUUUCCUUCACGGCAGUCACCUAACAGUGAACUCAAAACCAUUAAAUCAAUCGCAAAUCAUUUACAAACUUCAUUUUUGAGACAAGAUUAAAGCGGAGACUCUAAAAUGGACAGAUUUAUUUGGAAUGUGCAAGAUACAGUUUGAUGGGAAGAAGUGAAGAUGCUGUGAAACGAAUGAUGAAACUGUCCGGUGGAUGUUGAGAGAAAGGUCCCGGCGUGGCCUGUCCGUCAGCUUUUAGUAGAUCAGAAGUCGCAAAACCAUGAGGAGGCUGAAAGCAGAAGACCACCAGUGAGACUCUAAUAAUAAUGCUAUGUCUAUGAAUGUCUUUAUUGGAGCAGAUCAAUAAAAACCGAUUCAUUAAAUGAA